UUCAGAUACACAGCCAUCAAUUUCCACCCCUAACCGUGAGACCUGAAAGUACCAACCUCAUUAAUUGAGUCCAAUAAUUUGGGUAUGGUUCAUUCGUUCCGAUCCCGAAGCCAAAGAAGCGUACCAAAGAAUCAAUGGAUCCAGCUACCGAGCGAAGCAAGAAGAUGCAUGUCUUGCUCGUGCCCUUCUUCGCCACCAGCCACAUUGGCCCCUUUACCGACUUCGCCGUCCGCCUCGCCACGGCCAAGCCGGGCGCCGUCGAGCCCGCCGUCGCCGUCACCCCGGCGAACGUAUCGGUGGUUCAGUCGGCCCUCGAGCAGCAUGGUCCCGCGGCGAGCAGCCUGGUCAAGAUUGCCACCUACCCGUUCCCGCGCGUGGACGGCCUCCCUCCGGGCGUGGAGAACCUCUCUGCCGCCGGAGACGACGGGUGGCGCAUUGACGCCGCUGCCAUCGACGAGGCCCUGACACGACCGGCGCAGGAGGCGCUCCUCAGGGAGCGGUCCCCCGACGCCAUCGUCACCGACAUCCACUUCUCCUGGAACAGUGUCGUCGCCGCCGAGCUUGGCGUGCCGUGCGUCGCGUUCAGUGUCAUCGGCCUGUUCUCGUCGCUCGCUAUGCGCCACCUCGGCAGCGCCGUUAGAGACGGCCAGGAGGUGACCGUACCUGGGUUCCCGGGGCCGGAGGUACGGAUUCCCGUGGCCGAGUUGCCGGAGCGCUUGAGAUGCCAACAGAAGCUCGAGAGGUUCAACCCGUGCCUGGAGGCGACGGGCAGGUGCUUCGGCCUCGCCGUGAACACGUUCUUGGAUCUGGAGCAGCCGUACUGCGAGAUGUACGUGCGCAACGGGUACGUGAAGCGCGCCUACUUCGUCGGUCCAAUCUCGCUGCCGUUGCCACUGGCACCCGGAGGAAGCACCAGCGAGUCGUCCUCGUCGUGCAUCAGGUGGCUUGGCACGAAGCCGAGCUGUUCAGUGGUGUACAUAUGCUUCGGCACAUACGCCGCCGUCUCGGGGAACCAGCUCCGGGAGCUCGCUCUCGGGCUCGAAGCAUCAGGGAAGCCGUUCCUAUGGGUGGUGAGGUCUGACGACGGGUGGUCGCCGCCGGACGGGUGGGAGGAGCGCGUCGGGGAGAGGGGCAUGCUGGUCCGAGGGUGGGCGCCGCAGACCACGAUACUGUCCCAUCCGGCGGUGGGCGCGUUCCUGACGCACUGCGGGUCGAGCUCACUACUGGAAGCUGCGGCGUCCGGCGUGCCGAUGCUGACGUGGCCGCUGGUGUUCGACCAAUUCAUCGAGGAGAGGCUGGUGACGGACGUGCUCAGGAUCGGGGAGAAGGUGUGGAGCGGGUCGCGGAGCACGAGGUACGAGGAGAGGGAGGUCGUGCCAGCGGAUGCCGUGGCGCAGGCUGUGGCGAGGUUCUUGGAACCCGGCGGCACGGGUGAGGCGGCGAUGGGAAGGGCACGGGAGCUCGCUGUGAAGGCUCACGCGGCUGUGGCGGAAGGCGGCUCGUCGUUCCGUGAUCUGCGCCGCCUCAUCGAUGACCUGAUCGAAGCAAGAGCGGCUGCCAGCGGGACAACCUCGCUGCCCCUAGCGCCCUUGGGAAAUGAGCAGCAACGUUGACGGUGAGUCGGCGAGAAGAGCUGGAAUUGCUGGAGAUUUUUUUUGGCGAGCUGUGGCAGGCAAUUGUCUUCCGACAAACGGAGAACGGCCAUGACGGACAAGCGUGCUAUGUUUCUGCUUCUGUGUGUUAAUUUGACGCUUUUAACGCUUGAUUUCUGUUGUUUGCAGUAUUACAAUUUGCAAUCAGUAGUUGUUACCACAAAACACAAGUGUUGUGCGUAGUAUGCUUAAUCCAGUGUUUGGUAUUGAGUUCCCAGACUGAAGAUAUGGCUAAAGAUAUUGUGCAAAUGCAGCCUGAGUUACC